AUGAAGCCCCGAGACAUCGACUUCUUGGUCCACCACAUUAUAUUACCUUCCAAAGUCCCCGGCCAAAUCGAAGAGGAUCGCCAUGAACGAGAAGCAUUUCUCCUACAGCUAUUGAGAUCCGCUAUUGUGGGGUUUAAACAGGGGUUUGGAAGGAGCCAAGCUGCUACGUUGACGCAGAUCGAAAAGGCACUAGUCUGGUGGGAAGAAACCAGAGGACCAGACCACAAGCUCUCUUCGGAAUGCCUAGUUAAGGUGCUGGAUUCCUUGCAAGAUGGAGACCUACUAGUGUUGUUUUUUGAUGCACUGGAGACAACAGUGACAUUCCAGUGCGACACAAGUGGAGUUCUGGUCCAUUGCUUCUCAUCCGCUCCACCGGCGGAAGAAGUCAUGCAGAAUGCUUUCGUUUUAAUGCAAUUUCCAACACAGGCGGUCAGGAUAGACUGGCCCGAGUUCAAGCACAAGGAAUUCAUGGAACAGCUCGGUACAUUCUUUGAACGCUUGGAUAGAGAGUCAUCUACGUCCAAAGAGAUAUCUAAUCCUCUACUGCUUUCCGAAUUCCUCAUGAGCCUGUUGUUGGCCCAUGGCAGUUCAGUUUCAUCCAUGAAAGCAGUUAUCAAAAAGAUUCGCGACACACUGGCCACUUAUGAUAACAAGUCUAUUUGGAGGCGAUCACCAUGCUAUCUCACCUUAAAGGCAACCAUUCAGCUUCAGUUUUCCUCCCGCAGUGGUAACAACGAACCAAUGCAGUACAAAAACUUUAUGCUAUUUUUUCUCAAUAAUUUGGCAAGGGAGUUUCUUGCACACAACAUUGACUCCGAGGGGCUGUUUCUUAUAAGCAACAAACUUGCGAGGAGGGUGGAGAAACUGAGAGAUCUGGUUCUCCCAUGUCUUGCGAAGUCAGUACAGGAUACUGUACAUCGAAUAGCUCGCCGACUCCAAGCUGAAUGGAAAAAAAUACGGGAAAAAAGUAUUGUGUCUUUUCAACCGUUCGACCCCGUGCCCGAUGAAGAGACAUGCCUGCAACUCGGCUCGUUACUUGAGUACAUUGAGAAGGUCACCGAUCGACCCACGGCUCGGCCUGCGCAGUAUGCCAAAGAGUCUGAAAGAUUUGGGAAAAUUGCUAUUAGUAGCACUGAUUUGCCAAGUUUUGAAGCUGUUGAAGAGGUGAAGAAAAACGACUUCUAUGCGCUUGCCGACUUCGAAUCCUGGGUCGCGAGAAAUCUUGAGGCCUGGACGGUCAGAAAACUUGUCAACUGUCUGGAUGAAGAUUACCACAACUUAAGUUUGUUGAUACAGAGCUAUAUAUCCCGAGGAUUGAUUGUGUAUCGGAAUAGCGUGGACCAGCUCUCGGUCUUAUUGUUGACCGCACUCGACCUGUGGGUUGCUUUAGACCGCUUGGCUUGUGCGAAACAUCCGUUUCUAGAAGACUUCUCGCCCGAGAUCCCCAAAGUCUUCUUGACAGAAAUUUUGUUGAACACGGAAGAUGAUUUACGGCGCCUCAAUGGACUGGAGACAUACAUCUCCAACCGUUAUGCUAAGCUGAAACACGACAAAGCUUCCAUUUUCACUCGGCCUCGGCAUGAUUGGAUGAUGAUGACACUAGCCGAUUCUUGCUACGAGGACGUAAAGGAGGGCAUCGCUUUAAAAGAUCUCGAAAAUACUAUAAAAGAUGAAAACAAUACUCGUCGUCAGGAAAAGAUCGAACAAUUUGAGUCAUUACGCAACGAGCUGAGCCAAUUGCAGGAAACUCAUCUCGGGUUAGCGCACAGUUCAGCUAAGACUGCUAAUGGUUAUCAUAGAAAAGUCGAUUGCCCAAAGUGCGAGGCGCAAAAGAAGGCUAAAUCGUUGUCCAUCGACGUUGGUGAGGAUAUUCUGCCGACGAAUCCCAAGUUCUUGCUAUUCGAAAUGCAAGCCCCAGCAGCACUCGUAUUCUGGAGAGACGCGACGUGGGCAAUUUUGAAUGAUAUCGUCAAGGGAGAAGUGAAAAAAGGUAAAAAUUCAGUUUACGAUAUACAGUCGGUGUUCGAGCCGCUGCGUUCUUACUGGAUAGAGCCCCGACCACGCCUGCAGGUGAUGUCUCUUAUCGCCCCUACCACUCGACAGAUACUGAAGAUAUCCGAGAUCACGGAGCCCGAAACCAUCUGGAGGAGGAAUUCGUUUAACCUUGUGUUGAUCGACACUAAGACCAAUGCCAUAGUUUCCGACAAUUCAAAAGUACAUGAGUCUCAUUUAAUAUUCAACCUCGAUGCUUCUCUGCCCGAAGGACCCUACUCUCGAUCACAGCUUCAUGAAUCACUAAGAUCAGCCCCCCCCUCAACCAACACCGUGAUAGCACAGCAGAAUAACUGCUCGCAUGAUCUUAGUUUGAAGGAAUAUGUCGCGUUUGGCUCAUUCAGGGCUGGAGAGCGACUGUCAUGGUGGAAGGUUCUCCUGGAGCUGAUGGCCGGCGUUAUCGAUCUCAAUACAAGGGAAGCCAACUUGCUGUUUAAGUUGGCCACUUACCAGGUCGGGGAACCCGCUGAUACGUACCUUCGGCUACCAUGGCAUGUUUUUGAGAACACGCCACUCUGUGAAAGACUGAUUGACGCGAUCCGACUGCACAUACCAGCAACUUGUGAUAACUGGACCAAUGUCUACCUACUAAAGCUAUUGGUUGACUUGACGAUGAGAAUAAAAUCGCUAUGUGCAAGCGAAAGUGAAUCCAAAUCUGUCUCAGGGCUCCUCCAGAGGCUGCGGACCACCUCCCUAAAAUGGGCUCGAGAGUUGAGCAAAGACGACCGCUGCCUUCACAGGUGCGGUGGCGUUGCUGAAGACAGAAGGCACAGCGCGGCAAGAAUGUUUGCUUUUGUCUACCAGCUUAGUUUUGAGGUAGAGGAUAGGUCAGUGGCGCAACAAAUUGACGGCGUUGCGUUCUUUGAAUGCUCCCUGAUUAUCAAGAAUUCAACGACCGAAAAAGAAGAAUUUGAUGAUGAAUUACUCGAAUACGUAACUCGAUGUGCUAGAGUUGGCAGAAAACUCGAGUCGAUGAUUAUUCGACAAGCUCUAAAGAGUCAGACCAAUCUGUCUAGCGUCCUAUCCGAGGAGUGCCAGAUACCUACGGGAAUUUAUUCUUACGACGCGCUUAACGAUGAUCAUGACCGUGCUUGGAUUGUCGGAACUAGCAAUCAAACCACGCAGGAAAUUCGUUUGAAUGUUCUUACCGGCACUGUGUUGGUCAAUGGUCAUCGGACAAGACAAUUACCGCCACAGUAUACGACAGACGUUCUAUAUCAGCGGUUGUUUGGUGAUCGUCUGAUUGGUGUACUUGCUUCAGACGAAACUGGUAUGACAUAUGUGAGCAGGACCUUUAUUUCUGGAUGGAAAGUCUACUUUUCUCGGAACGAAGACUCGGGUCUCAUUGUUCGGGCGAGGAAAGACGAACAAACAUUCGAGAUCAUCCCCCCAUCAAAGCUCCAAGAAAAGUUUCCUACGCCCCUUAUUGAAAAUCAUGUUCACUGGUUAAAUCUCGACACCAAGACUGUCGAAUUUAGGCCCUCUCGGAAUUUUUGGGAGAGUUCUGAAGAAAACUGGUCAUUGAUGAUAACCUCGGCGGGCCAUGGAGUCAUGCAGAAAGGGUCCACAGGAACACGAUUAUAUGAUGUGGAUAAAACAUCAUUUACAUAUCUCUCAAAGCUUUUUGCAGGGUUCGAAGAAAGAAGGAACAUCGUUGUCAUUCAAUCAGACGAAUGCUUUUGUGAGAUCGUACUUCCCAGAUACGAUCUGCGCUUUUUCCUGAGUUCAGAUGGCGACAUAGUCUGUCGAGAGCUGGAUGCUAUUGUUGACUUUAAAUAUGAUAUUGGGGUCUUUUAUGGUCUGCGAAGCAAGAUUGUACUGAAGACGCUGGUGAAUCCUGAAGAUAUGCGGCGGAAAGUGCUAAUCCCUUACGGUACAGUCAAUGUUGCCAGGGACUUAAAUGACAUUCAUGUAUCAGUCGAUAUCACAUCGAAGAGCUCUCAUUGCAAGUAUUUUGAGUACAGCGUGGACAAAAUUUUGGGAAGACUGAUUCACGGACCCGACACUGUUUCAAGGCUGUUUGCUGCAUAUUUGCACGCAGUUACUUCUUACCUGUUGAGCGACUCAUUGACACGACGUUCCGGCACAGAAGAGGCUUUGCGGCUUUUAAAUCAGCAGUCAAUAAAUGACUGUUAUGAACUAUCCAGAGAAUCGCUUGAUAUUUUAUAUAUCAUAUCCUCUCUGACGCCGACACGUAGAUGUCCCGGCAAAACCAAGCUUGCGGAAACAGUGAUUUGGAACGAAAACCUAAUUUCGACGACACAGAUCACGGAUUUCUCUAUCCUUGUCGAAAGGAUAAAGAAAGAGAAUGACAAGUUGAGAUGCAUUUAUAGUUCUGAGCCCUGCGUUUAUCACAAGAGUCCGACAUAUCCAAAUCUUCUCUCUCGCGCAAAUGCCAUGGAGUCACGAUUCCAUACAAUUGACCAGAAAAUCAAACUUGAGUAUUCUUUCAAAUCGAUAACAGUACUCAUUGACGGCUCUUGCUCUGUAUACCAGCUGUCAACUAUGGUAAGAGCAUGGUCAGUUCCAAAGCAACCUUAUUUGUUCGACAUAUUCAAGGAGUUAGAGACUGUUCAAGGCUUCAAUGAACCAUUUGAACAUAGUUCACUUUCUGAAUUGUUGAAGCUAUCAAUAAGACAAUCCUGGGGUUCUUUAUUCCAAGUUUGCUUCAGGUCUUCACAAAGGGACUGUUACGACUUGAUUUUUCUUUUCGGGCCUCUCGUAUUUUUCCAGCCUGACUUGAUGCCGCACGUUACAACACUGGUUGCAUGCGCUAUUAAGAAACCCCAGUAUAAACCAAGAUACUCGUGGUACAACCUGAGAGUCGGAAGGGAGGUCGAUGAGGAUUAUAUCAAGACAGUCGUGACUGAAAAUCGAAUCCCAUUUGAGGAGUCUGCUAGACUGGCGAACCAUUCAGCAGCCAGACCGUUUACGAAAAAAAAUUACGAUUUAAAUUUCCAGGAUGAGCAUAUUGCAAUAGUGGGCUUAGUCAAAGAGAGAUGGCAUCUGGACGAGUUUGGUCCUGUUUCAAGGGUGUUUAAAUGUAUCGAUGUUACGGAGGCCAUCAGUACAUUGAAGACAAGAUGCCGUAAUUGGCGGCACAACAAGGAAUUUCACGAGUUUGUAAGGCAUCUGAAAGAUACGGUCUUCCGAGACACGACUUUCAGAUUGAAACACGUUAUCGCGCCAUCUCUAGGAGUGGACGCGCGGUUUGAUCAGUGGACAGAGACGGAGUCCAAUCUGCCCGACAUACUAGAGUUAUUGAACUCCACGAAAGAAAUUGUGUCGGCCAUUGAGAUACAAUCCUUUGUUGUCACAAAUCAUGACAAUACAUUCACACAGGACUAUCUGCGGAAAAUGACAGAUGAGCAGUACGUUGUCGUGCAGGGGCUUGUUACCUCAAUCAGGGAUGUCUGCAAAGCAGAGACGACUGCACGUUGUAUUUUGAAGGAUGCUCGACUCUAUCCACAGAUUUCAACAUUUCCGUUACUCGGGCUGAUGGCUAGAAGUACCUGGUCUUUAGUACCCCAGCAAUGGAAACCAGUCAUCAUACAUCUGGGAAAAGCCAUUGUGCUAUUUCAAUAUUUCCAGAGACUGGCUUUUCAUGCAAUCCAAGGGGACGGGUUUUCGCUGCAGCGGGAACUCAGUAGUUGUGGUUAUGUAAAUUGGUCACCGGAAGAGUAUCCAGAAUGGUUGCUCUUUCAGUUGGAAAACAACGUCUCCAUCCGGGAGACACAGGCACUUCUCGCAAAAAAAAUUAUGCUUCCCAACGAAAACUCUCUGUUUCAACUUAACAUGGGGGAGGGAAAAUCUUCUGUCAUAAUUCCCAUAGUUUCGACAAUGAUGGCAAACGGCUCAAAUCUUUUCAGGGUUGUUGUCUUAAAGCCCCUCGUGAAACAGAUGAUUCGAACACUUCAUCAAACACUUGGGGGGCUUAUUGACCGCCGUGUAUAUUACCUUCCUUUUCAGCGGAAUAUGAAGCUAGAUGUGAAAAUUUUGACAUCUCUUUUUUCUCUUAUGGAAGAAUGUUUGCAGACCGGCGGCAUACUCGUUUGUUUGCCCGAGCACAUAUUGUCCCUGAAACUAGUGGGAAUAGAUUUGUUGAUACAAAAAUCUAAUCUAGCUUCUCAGGUUUUACAACGGCAAGAAUGGCUUUCUAAAAACGCCAGGGACGUCCUGGAUGAGAGUGAUGAAAUCCUGUCUCCCAAUUUUGAGCUUGUUUACACAUCCGGCGCAAGACAGCCGGUCGAUUACGCUCCUGACAGAUGGCUUGUGGUGUCUGAAUUACUAGGAGUUGUGGCUAGAAAUAUGAGUUCCUUCACAGCCAAUCUCGCAAUAAAUUUGACUAGGAAGUCGCCGGAACAGUGGUCUGACUUGCGCAUCCUUACCCCGGAGGCCGCCGACAAAUUCGUCUCUGCUGUGGGAACUGCCAUAUCAGGCGGUUGCCUUCCUUCCCUACCUUUGUGUCACUGCUCGAGCCAGCUCCGCAAAGUUAUCGCAGACUUUCUUGUGGCGGAAAUGUGUGGAGCACAAUCUCGCAAGGCAAUCCAGGCUUGUUUUGAGGGAAGUGAUACCUUUCGUCUAUUGGCAACUUUACGGGGCUUCCUGGCUGGAGGCAUUUUGAAGACUGUCUUCUAUAUCAAGCGUUGGUAUGUUGAUUACGGACUCGAUUUUAAGCGGGAUUUUCAAAUGGCGGUCCCAUAUCGUGCAAAGGGUGUCCCCUCGCUUAGUUCGGAAUACUCAAACCCAGACAUCGCCAUAAUUCUGACUUAUCUGAGUUGGUACAACUCCGGCUUGGAUGAGGAGAAUGCUCUACAGACAUUUAAACUACUACGGCAAGAGCCAGAUGGGGAUAUUCUUUACUGCGAGUGGACACCGCCUUCACAUCUGUCAGAGUUACGACGAAUCAACACCAUAGACAUAGAGGAUUUCUCAAAGAAUGUUUUCCCGUACUUCAGAUAUAACAUGUCCGCAAUCAACUACUUUUUAUUGAAAACCGUUUUCCCGCGAGAUUGUCGAGAGUAUGCAGAACGGUUGUCGAGUUCCGCAUGGGAUUUACCAUUCGAUACAGACAAGCACACCACUGGCUUUAGUGGAACAAGUAGCAGUGCCAGUUUAUUGCCUUUCUCAAUUAAACAGCAGCGUCUUGUGGCUCCAGAGUCAAACACAGAAGACAUCUUGGAAAGAAUGAGAAAUGCUUCAAGUGCUAUAUAUGAGCUUCCCGCAUCAUCCGACAAUCCAAGGCAGUGUAUUCAGGAGAUGAUACAGUUUGUGAUGACUAAAGAAAAGCUAACAAAGGUCCUAAUUGAUGUUGGCGCGUUGAUUGUUGGAGUGACCAAUCAGGACGUUAUUGAGAUCUGGAUGAGCCUUGAUAGCAACAUAGAAGGGGGUGUAUUCUUUGACAAUGGUGAUGAGCUUAUGGUUCGACACCGAGACGGCAGGGUCGAAAGACUUAUGGGAUCUUUAUUCAACCAACAGCUUGAAAAAUGUGUCAUCUAUCUAGAUGAAGCCCAUACGAGAGGAACUGAUAUUGCAUUCCCUCGUGACUUUCGCGCAGUUGUGACAUUGGGUCCCUUCUUGACAACAGAGAGAUUUGCUCAAGGAUGCCUUCGGUUGCGCAAACUCGGAUUUGGACAGCAAUUCAUUUGCAUUAACCCGCCUCAUAUUCAUAAGAAGCUUGUGGAAUUGGCAAAAGAAAGGAAUAGCGACACUCCGUCUAUUGACGAUAUCUUUGCGCUUACCGAACGGGAGACUCGUGACUAUGUGGCAAGAAAUACUCUUUUGAAUGUGACAAAAGGUCUGGAUCACUGCCGUAGAAGACUGGCGCACCAGAAAUUUGUGGGCAAUACACCUAUUGCUACUGUUUUGAAAAAUGAGCGAGCGGUGAAAGUUUUCACAAGAACAAUACCAGGAUGUGAGAAGAAAACUGUAAUCGAGAGAUACAGUAAUCCACCCAAGGAGCAGGAUCUUCUUCAAGACAUUCCCCGGAGCGACAUCAGCCGGGACAACACCCUGGCAAGGCUGGUGGAUACAUACCGCUUACUCUGCGAAAAAGAGCAUACUUUCAUCGGUAAUCUGGAAGAAAGGGAGCGAGAAGCCUUCCACCAGGCCGAAGAAGAACGACAGAUCGAUCGACCGCCAAACGCAGUGCCAGCAAAUUUUGAGAUUUGCGGAGCGUUGAAAAAUUUUGUUGCAAAGGGGUCCCUUAACCACAACAAUGACAGUAUCCACAAAGCUUUUCUAUCCUUGUUGCAUGGUAGCAAGAAAGUGGGUACAUGGCCUGGCUUUUUCGCUCGAAAUGGGCGAAAGUCGAGAUUAUUCACCACAACAAGCUUCCAACGAAGCAUCAUUCCUGUGAAAGAGGAACUUAAUCUUCCCAUAGGGAAUGACUAUCUGCGACCAGUAAAUUGGGUUCUUUCGUCUAACUGCAACGCAGAAGCCGGUCUACUUGUGAUUAGCACGGAGGAAGCCAAUGCCAUCCUUCCAGAUGUCAUCCAAAGCAAGGCUGUAACUCUUCACAUGUAUUCUCCACGCAUCUCGUUGUCCAUGCCAUCUUUCAACAAACUCAACAUCUGCAAUAUCCCUUCCUACACAAGUCCUAUCUUGCAGCCGACAGACCUUAUUGAGCUCGGGCUAUUUGCAGGUUCGCUUUACUUGGACUCAUACGAGGACUACAUGCUCCUUUGUGAAUAUCUAGGUCUCGCAGCGGGGUACCCUGGGACUAUUCCUAGUGGAGUGACUAUCUCAGUAGAUGGUUACAUCCCCGCAAACAAUCGAGCAGGUAUGGGGUGGGGAGGUUGCCCUUUUGGGAGCAACCCGUUGCCGAUGAUCCAAAAUCUGGUUACAGGCCGGUGCAAGGGAGAAAUUUUCCGUAGCACUCAUAUCGGCAAUGUGCUACGAGGCUGCACCCUCUCUGAGAACGAUUUUGAUCUAAGACAAACUGUUAAAAUGGAAAUCGACAGCCCUGACCAGUCGCUCCUUGUUGAUGGAAAUAAUGAUAGUCCAGAGGAUUCGGAAAUGAAGGUUGACUCCGACUCCGAUUCUGACGAUCUUAUGUGA